UUAGUUCGAUGGGUUUUUUCGAAUUUGGUCACUUUGCGAGCAAAAGCAAUUUUACGAAGACUUCAUUAAAUUUUCACUUGUGCAUAAAACGCGUAAAAACCGAUUAAAAACAGAAGAACUAAGCAAAAUAAAGCGACGCACAUUGAAAGUGAAGUGCAAAAGCUAAGUGAACGUGUAAAAAAGAGUAUUUUACUCGGCGAAAAGCGAGCGAGCUGCACAAUUGUUAAGGCUGCUGGUCACUAUAUGUCCAGGCCGCGCUCAUCCGCCAAAGCCGUGCAGUUUAAGCACGAAUCGGAGGAGGAGGAAGACGAAGAGGAGGAGCAACUGCCGCCCAGGAGCAUGCAUUCGUUUGGAGACGGUGGAGCCAUUGGCAGCGGGGUGCCCGCAUUUUUGGCCAAACUCUGGCGCCUGGUGGACGACGCGGAUACCAAUCGCCUGAUCUGCUGGACCAAGGAUGGUCACAGUUUUGUCAUACAAAAUCAGGCGCAAUUUGCCAAGGAAUUGCUGCCCCUCAACUACAAGCACAACAACAUGGCCAGCUUUAUCAGGCAAUUGAAUAUGUACGGUUUUCACAAGAUCACCUCCAUUGACAACGGCGGCCUUCGUUUCGAUCGCGAUGAGAUUGAGUUCUCACAUCCCUUCUUCAAGCGCAACUCCCCCUACCUGCUGGACCAAAUUAAAAGGAAGAUAUCGAACAACAAGAACGGGGACGACAAGAGUGUGCUGAAGCAGGAGGCCGUGUCCAAGAUCCUCAGCGAUGUGAAGGUGAUGCGUGGUCGCCAGGACACACUGGACUCUCGCUUCUCGGCCAUGAAGCAGGAGAACGAGGUGCUGUGGCGCGAGAUCGCCAGCCUGCGCCAGAAGCACGCCAAGCAGCAGCAGAUAGUCAACAAACUGAUCCAGUUCCUAAUCUCUAUUGUACAACCGUCGCGCAACAUGUCCGGCGUCAAGCGUCACAUGCAGCUAAUGAUCAACGACACGCCGGAGAACGAUCGUGCACGCAGCACCAGCGAAACGGAAAGCGAGGGAGGCGGUGGCCCAGUCAUCCACGAGCUGAGCGAGGAGCUCCUUGACGAGGUGAUGAACCCCUCAUCGCACUACGACCAGGAGAGCGUCUCACCGCUGGCCGUCGAGCGUCCGCGGUCGAAUAUAAGCAUUAGCUCGCACAACGUCGACUAUUCGAAUCAGAGUGUCGAGGACUUGCUGCUCCAGGGCAACGGAUCUGGCGGCAAUCUCUUGGUCGGCGGUGCCGCCUCUCCACUCGCCUCCAGCGUGAGUCAAUCGCCGGCCCAGCAAGCUGUCUACACGGUCACCGAGGCACCCGAUUCUCAUGUCUCGGAGACAGUGCCCAAAAGUCCGCUGCAGCAUGAAGAGCUGAACGUGCUCACCACGCCCAUGGUGCGGGAGCAGGAGCAGAAGCGCCAACAGCUUAAGGAGCAGAACAAGCUGCGGCGACGGGCGGCAGAGGACAUAAUUGAGGUGGACGAGGUAACGCCCAAGGCGCAGCGCACUGUGUUCCAGCCCAUGAUGAUCAAAUCAGAGCCGGAGAAUAAUUCCGGACUGAUGGAACUAAUGCAACCAACGAACUCUGAUCUGUACAAUGUUAAUUUCAUCAGUGAAGAUAUGCCGACGGAUAUUUUCGAAGACUCUUCUUUGCUCCCUGCUGACGUGGAAGAGGCAGCCAAGCUGGAUCAGCAGCAGAAAUUCGGUCAAACGACUGUGAGCAGCGGCAAGUUUGCCAGCAACUUCGAUGUGCCCACAAACAGCUCUCUGAUGGAUGCCAAUCAGGCCUCUACAUCGAAGGCGGCUGCAGCCAAGGCGCAAGCCAACGAGGAGGAAGCCAUGGCUGUGGCCAAGUACACGGGCAGCGAGAACGGUGCCACUCAAAAUCCGAACAAUGGCCAUGGCCAACUUCUGAGGAUUCCCUCUGUGUUAGUAGACAAGAUGCCUGCGAGUCCAAACCCGAGCAGCCAUAAUCAAGAGGCUAUUUCUUACUGUUGCAGUGACGAUCUCCACGGACACUUGGACAACAUGCAGGAUGAGCUGGAAACACUGAAGGAUUUGCUGCGUGGCGACGGGGUCGCCAUUGACCAAAACAUGCUCAUGGGUGCGCCUGGCAGGACGCCCAUUUUUCAGUUGACCGAGGACGAGCUGUUGCUAAAGCUCUUCAACGACUCUGAUCUGCUGGACAACUAUGGCCUCUCAUUUCCCAAUGACAGCAUUGGCAGUGAGAAGAAAGCACCCAGUGGAUCCGAACUGAUUUCCUAUCAGCCUAUGUAUGAUCUGUCCGACAUUCUGGACACCGACGAUGGCAACAAGGAUCAGGAGGCAAACCGACGCCAGUUGCAGGCGCAGAACUCGGUUUUGAAUACGCCACGUCACGAGUUGUAACUUAUGUUAAGUAGUGGCAGCUCAGACGCUUAUCUGGCGAACCAUUUGUUUUAAGUGUUUAAUGGAAUCAAUCUUUUUUUCACUUACAUUGUCUAACCUUUCAGUUAACUCAUAUUAUCAUAUUAAUAUAAUCAACCCGUAAUCAUAUUAAUGAUGCUGUAUAUGCCUUAUGCACUAUAUAUAUGAUAUAUAGACUAACCAGUUCUUGUUGUAGAAAGACUCGAAGAAUCAGUUAAUAUUUUUAGUUGUAUUUUAUAACCGGUGAUUUUGAGGUCCUCGGCUCAGGUAGAAGAUUUUUAGUUUGCUCUAACCGAUCGUGAGGAAUGAUCGUAGUCGAUGUAAGAUCGCACGCUAUAGAGUAUACGUUUUACACACACUACUUUUAUUAAUCGAUAAUAAAUUGUUUUAAGCUGCGUCAAGCUGCAAAUGAAA